GUGUUGACGCCGCAUUUACCGGAGCGGAACGGGCCCAAGUCGCGUCGACGCGAACCCCUGCAGAACAGAUUUAGCAGGGUGGGACCGCGUGCAGACGUGCUACAUUUAUAUCGAGUCGCGCUCGCAGUUCUUCCUCCAGAUCCUGCUCUUGUCUGCACAACUUCCAACCCAUUCCUUCAUCAGCACCAACAAUUGCCUCUUGACAUCCUACACUCGGUGGCAAUUCCUCGUCACUUGAUCCCACAGCACGCACUAGUUCCAUCUCACAUACAAUGGCCGCGCAGGUUACCCCAUCGAAGCAGGCUACCUCGGCAAUUGAGGCACUGAAGAUGGAGUCUCCUGUCAAGAAGCUUGAUUUCUCCUCUUCCAACAAAGAGAACGCGUCCUUCGAUGCCGACCUCGCCACCCUGGAGGCAGAGAUUGACGCCAACCACCAGAAGAGUGUCAUGGACAAGAAGGAGGCGCCAAAGCCCUCGGUGGCCCCUACCAUCAAGCCUGAGGAGGCCGACGAGCCCCUUCUUCAAGAGAACCCCCAGCGCUUCGUGCUGUUCCCCAUCAAGUAUCACGAGAUCUGGCAAAUGUACAAGAAGGCCGAGGCCUCGUUCUGGACCGCCGAGGAGAUUGACCUUUCCAAGGACCUUCACGAUUGGAACAACAGGCUCAACGACGAUGAGAAAUACUUUAUCUCGCAUAUUCUCGCUUUCUUCGCCGCAUCUGACGGCAUCGUCAAUGAGAACCUGGUCGAGCGCUUCAGUGGCGAGGUUCAGGUCCCGGAGGCCCGCUGCUUCUACGGCUUCCAGAUCAUGAUGGAGAACAUCCAUUCGGAGACCUACUCUCUGCUCAUCGAUACCUACAUCAAGGAGCCCGCUCAGCGCUCUCAUCUGUUCAAUGCCAUCGAGACCAUCCCCGCCAUUCGCAAGAAGGCCGACUGGGCCCUUCGCUGGAUCGCUGACAAGAAGUCCACCUUUGCGCAGCGGCUCGUUGCCUUCGCUGCCGUCGAGGGUAUCUUCUUCAGCGGCGCCUUUGCGUCCAUCUUCUGGCUCAAGAAGCGCGGCCUCAUGCCCGGCUUGACCUUUUCCAACGAGCUGAUCUCUCGGGAUGAGGGUCUCCACACCGACUUUGCUUGCCUGCUGUUCUCGCACCUCAACCACCGCCCCAGCAAGCAGGUGAUUGAAGACAUCAUUGUCGACGCCGUCCGCAUCGAGCAGGAGUUCCUCACUGAGGCCCUGCCUUGCGCCCUGCUCGGCAUGAAUGCCAACCUGAUGAAGCAGUACAUUGAGUUCGUUGCCGACCGCCUGCUUCUUGCCCUCGGCAAUGAGAAGGUGUAUAGGUCGACGAACCCCUUCGACUUCAUGGAGAACAUCUCCCUCGGAGGCAAGACCAACUUCUUCGAGAAGCGCGUCGGCGACUACCAAAAGGCGGGCGUCAUGGCCAGCACGAAGAAGUUUGUCCAGGAAGAUUCCGAUGAGCCCAAGGGAGAGAACGGCGGCGAUUUCACGUUUGACGAUGACUUCUAAGCUCUUGUCGGCUGGAUGGUCCGUUUUUGUUCUCUAAUACCCCUCUUUGUGUCGAUACAUGCUCUCCCCCCCUUACGAUGUCUUCUGGCAUAGAAGUGGGAGGGUUGUCGGCUUACGUCGCCUCGUGGAGAGGUUGGAUAUUGUUUUCGCGUGUACAAUGCUGCGCGGGUGGGACCGUGUUAGCAUGGCGGCGUUGGGCGUUGCUUGGUGGUUCCUGGGUUUUACUUAUGAAAGGAAUGCGGCGGAGACGAAGAAACGUCCUUGGUUAUGUAUGAGUAGACUCUCAUGCUAGGGAUAAAAACACGAAUAUGUCCGA